GCUUCGCUUACAACCAUUCCCACGCUGCUAUGUCUCUCCAGCCGUUCAUAUCCCUGUAUCGAUAUGCUCUUGAGCCAAUAGCACCAUUUACCUGGUUCGGUACCAACGUCUGCUCCCUUGACCUGGUAGCAGUGUUCCGGCUUUGUGUCGCCUUGAGACAGAUGAGGGAAAACUUGUAUGCCAAACAUCAGCGAACCGCUGGAGAGAAUAGACUCGUGCCUGCAGAGGAGAGGUCCUUCGUGAGAGACGCAUGCACCGUGCUGACAGUUGUAUUUGGAGGAGAGGCUAUCAUAGGUCCUCUACUUGGUAUUCUGCCAUCUUUCAUGCUCUCCAGUAUUUCCCCCGGAUUGUACAUUGCCGCACAUGCGAUUGUAGAGUAUAUUCCUGUCCUGCCGUCCGUGUCACUCAGCACCGAGCUCCCUCUAUCAUUUGUCGACGGAUUUACACGCGCAAUGCUUCUCUGCAGCCUCAUACCACCACCCGUCAUCACCCACACGUCUCCCGUUGUCGCAUCUUCCCCGUGGGCUCUCCUGCUCUCCUCUUUCAUAAUCACAAAUGGCGGCUUCUUUAUAACGAACAUGUUCUCCUUUGUUGAGCCCACCCCGCUUACAUUGACGACUCCCGCUGAGCUUCAGCCCUAUGGCUGGACAGCCACUGACCUCUGGUCCGCCCCGCUUAUCACGGGGUUCUAUGCCCUGCUCACACACGCCCAGCCGUUCUGGGCUGAGUUCCAUAGUGUAAUUUCGACUGUCCUCGGAGGCGCUGGCGGUAAAGUUGAACCGAUGGACCCCGAGUCUGCUCGUGCGCUGUGCGCGCUCAUUCUCGUGGGAAUAUUCUCCACCCGGACUGCGAAGAACUUCGGGCUUCUUUGGAAGAAGAGCGUCGCAGAAAAGAUCAAGAUUCAGUGAAUACCCAGCGUGAUUUUGGGUUUAUGCCCCUUGCUGUCAAAUCUACAUGACAUUUAUGAACGAUAUAUACUUGCCUUUACUGGGGCCACGAA